GUUUUUGUAAAUGUUGUUGUAUCGUCAUCACCUUAUUAAUAAAUUCGCCUUGGUGUUUACUAUUUUUUCUUAAACGAUUUUUGGAGCAAAUUUUAUUCAGAGCUUGAACAGAAAAGAACCAACAAAUAUAGAAAUAUAUUUUGAAUAAGUUGUGAUUUGUGAAGAACUGUUUAAUUUUUAAUAGAAAUAAAACAGAAGAAACAAUUAGCUAACAUGACAAUUAUAACAAAACCCUCAAUUGAAAAGGCUUUUAAAUUACCAUUGCCCUUGGGUCUGGGCUUUGGAAAAGAUCAUCUGGAGAAAUCUUUAUUGGGGCCAAAAGCUUAUCUGCCCAAUAAUGGUGGUGAUGUUGAAACGGUACACUACACUCAUCCACCCGCCUUCAAUUGCAUCAAGAAUGGUUUAACGAUUUUGCUCAUCUUCAUAACGAUUUUGUUGGGCAUGUUUGGUGGCUAUUUCAUUUAUCGUUCCUUUGGCACCACAGACAAUCCAACCAAAUUUCAUUAUCGUACAUUUUGCGAUGUACCCUAUGAAUUGACCAGUAAUUUAACGGUGCCACGUUUCUAUCCCCAACCAGAUGAAUUUGAUUUGAAUUUCAAUUGGUUGUUGCCACGCCUGACUGGUAGAAAUUUCGAUAGCAAUGGCAACAAUGACGAUGAUUUCUUUCGCGAAGAAAUCGAAAUGGACAUAAGUGAUGAUGAGAGUUAUACAAAAAUCGAUGUACCUGAUUUUAAAGAUGGCCGUCAUGGACGUUUUAUGCAUGAUUUUAAAGAAAAUCAAUCGGCUAUUAUUGAUACCACAGCCAAUCGUUGUUUCAUAAUGCCUUUGGAUCGUAAUACCACAUUGCCACCAAAAAGCUUUAUCGAUUUAAUGGAGAAAAUGAGCUCUGGCUACUAUAAUAUUGAUACCGAUCGCGUAAGACGUAACAUGAGAGUUGUUAUGCCUCCAAUUACAGAUCUAACUCUUAUAUCGGAACGUAUUGCUAACGAAUGUUAUGACAUGAAGGUGUAUAUGUUGGACAAUUAUGUAUCAGGAGUUUUUAAACGUGAUGCUAAACCUCUGGCUGAUCAGGGCAAAUUUGCCGAGUACUCUGGCAAAGGAAUUGUCGAAUUUGAUAUUGUUAAUAUUGGUGAAAUUGAAGAGUAUGAAAGGCAACAUUUAAAAUAGAACUAUCACCACUAAGUUCUGCAUAAAUUAUAAAUAUUAAAUACAAAAAAACAUAUAAAAAAAAUUGAUUUGUAAUUUUACCUAAAUGAAACAAAUGAUCUCGCCUGUAGCGAGUGUCUUUUUCAAAACUUUUUUAGUAGUGUGUAGUUUUUUGAUUGUAUAAUCAUCCUGUAUUAUCAGCUAAAUUUAAAAUAAAAAAAAAACGAAACAUUAUAUAUAAAUAAAUGCUACUAAAAGAAACGAAAACCUAAGUUUAAAUUUAGCAAUAAUAACAAAGCAAACAUAAAAAAUAUGUAUUAAAAUAAAUUGGAUUAAAGGAUUUUUUAAGAUAUUGUUGUUGUGGUUUUUAAAAUUGUGCAUUUGGUUCAUAUACUCAUUGGCAUACAAAUAAACCGUUUUAAUUGUAUAAAAUUAAAUUAAUAAUCAUUUCUAUCUGUAACCAAUAUUUUCUUAUUUAUAUACUUACAUUCAUCUACGCACCGAACGAACACAUUCCUUUUCAAGCUUAAUCAAAAUUAUUUUCGAAAAUAUUACAUAUUUCAAAGAAGCGAUGAAAUACCUACAGGUACCUUUAUUAAAGUAAAUUUAAAAAAACGUAAAAAUAGUUAAAUAUUUUCAAACUCCCUUAAAUUAAUUCUUUAUGAUUGUUUUCAAAAUUUUUAUAUUCAAUGUCUAUGUUUUAAUAAUGAAUUCAAUUAAACUGCAGAUUUAUUCUUUUAUUUUUUUAAUUUUGAUAUUAAUGUUGAAGCAAUACAAAGCAAAACCUCCAUUAGAACACGUUUGUAAAGAUCAAGACAUGUGUCGUUAACACUCAUCAAAUUAAACAAUACAAAAUAAAUAUAUAUAUAGAAAAAUCAGAAUUUUAUUAAAUGUUAUCUCAAAGAAUAAUUUAUCUAAUGUGUAUAAUGUUUAACUAAAAAAAAUACAAAUAAAAAACAUAGAAUUAAGAAUAUAAAUAAAAGAAACAUUAAAAACUAAAA